CUCCCCAGCUGGGUGUAGUUGAUCAUUUCCUGCGUGCAGCAUGGACACCGUGCAGUUAAAGGAUUUAUUCACCGUCGCUCACUUUAUUAAAGCCAGAUGUGAUCACGGCCUGAAAGCCGGAGAACCUAAAUAUGCCAAAAAUUAUGUUUUUUUCGAGGUGGAGAUCCUGGACCCAAAAACCCGGACGCAGCUCUGCUACCUGGACAAGGUGGAUCCGAGUGCCACCAUCGGAGAAAUCAAGAUCCUGCUGCACAAAUUAUAUCCGAAGUGGUAUCCAGCAAGACAAGCUCUGAAACUCCAUCCUGAGGGAAAAGCUCUUCAAGAUGAAGAUGUUUUGGAGGAGCUGCCUGUGGGGACGACGGCCACCAUGUUCCUGCAGGACCUCGGGCCUCAGCUCGGCUGGACCAUGGUGUUUCUGUCAGAAAGCAUCGGGCCGCUUUUUAUUUAUCUGCUGUUUUACUAUCGGCUGCCGUUUAUCUACAGUCACGAGUACGACUACACACGAAGCUCACACACCGUCGUCAGACUGGCGUGUGUGUGUCACUCUCUGCACUAUAUAAAGCGAUUAGCGGAGACGAUAUUCAUCCAUCGAUUUUCACACGGAACUCUGCCGCUGCACACCAUCACACUGAAUUGUUUAUAUUAUUGGGGAUUUGCAGCGUGGUUAGCGUACUACAUCAACCAUCCUCUCUACACCACACCCAUGUACGGAAAAAUUCAGAUCUACACGUCACUCGUUACGUUUCUGAUCUGUGAGUGUGGAAACUUCUCCAUUCACCUCACGCUGAAUCGACUCAGGUGUAACGGAUCGAGGCCGAUGCAGAUUCCAUACCCGAGUAAAAACCCGUUCACGUGGCUCUUCUUCUUCGUCUCCUGUCCAAACUACACUUAUGAGUUGGGUUCAUGGAUCAGCUUCACGGUGAUGACGCAGUGUGUUCCAGUCGCCGUGUUCACACUGAUCGGGUUUGUACAGAUGACCAUCUGGGCUCGAGCAAAACACAAAACCUACACACAGGAGUUCGGGGAUUAUCCUGAACUCAGGAGCGCCAUCAUUCCACUCUUCCUCUAGUGAUUUGGGACACAGCCGUCACAGAACCCUUUUAUAACCUAAUUUAAUUUACAAAAUGUAAAAAAAAAACGAUGCAGGACGGAGAGAAAUAUUUACACGUAAAAUAUUAUAGUGCAUUAAGUGCAAAAUUCUGAAAAAAUCUCCGUCCCAAACCCAGAGUUCGUCCCUGCUUAGUGUUCUUACUGAAACAUUAACGCUAAAGAGACAAGAACUGAGAUCUAGUGUUACAGUAAACAAAAAACACACACCAGCUUAAUAAUGUCAUCUAAUAAACACCUGUAAUCUGCAGGAUCAGCUCGAACACUGCAGCGCUCUGGGCUUUAGUUGCUAGUGACAGGAUCUGGUUACAUCAUCUGCGUGUCUUAUUUCAUUUUAUUUUAUUUUAUUUUAUUUUCUCGAAGUGUUUUUCUCUAAUUACAGCGUUUGGGACACAACCUGACUUCACUGUGAUCUGAACUUUAAACCACCAAAAGAUGAAUGUUUGCUAAAAUGUAUUUAUAUAAACUGUAAUAUUGCAAUAAAAUUAAAUAUUUUCUACAAAGUUAAAUGUUUUCGGGAUCCUGUAACCAGCCGCUGAUCAUUUCAACCUCGAUGAGAAUCAGUUGGAAAAUAAAAAUACUGAUUGUU